UUCAAACGCCACACAUCCUAACAUCACCAAUUUAGAGAGAGAGCAAAGAAACAAACUAAUACUUCAACCACAAAACCUUUUCCAUGUAUUUCCCUCUAAACGGAUAAACAUGGCUUCUUCGACUCCCAUUCUUUCACCUCCUUCUGCAACUUCAAAAUCUCUUUACUUCUCGACCAAUCCUUCAUCCAAACUUAUCUCUACUAACUUUCCUUCACAACCCAUCUCUGUAAAUACUAGUAGACCUUUGACAAAACUCAAUGUAUCUUCUUCAUCAGCAGCAAACAAACCCACACUCAAAACCCCAUCAUCAAAACCCAAUGAUCAGGAAUCAAUAUUUUUCGAUGGUGGAGCUCAUUACGGCGAUUUAUUAGCUAAUCUGAUCCUGGGUUUUACUCUGUUUUGGUUGCCAUUAACUUUAGCAGCAGUAUCUAGAGCUCUCUUUCUCAGAUACAGAUUCACAGAUUUGAGAGUUACUGUGAUAUCUGGUUUAACAGGACAAGACAGAAGUGAUUUCUCAUAUAAGGUUAUUAAAGAUGUUAAAGUUGUACCUCGGUUCAUUGGUGAAUGGGGAGAUAUUAUCAUUACAUUAAAAGAUGGAACAAUUGUAGACCUCAGAAGUGUACCAAAAUUUAGAGAAAUUUCUAAAUAUGUUCUCUCCAUGGCUGGGAAAACUGCAGUUCCUGAUGUACAAGAAGCUGGAGCAAAAGGGUUUUAAUGGGUAUAGUUUCAUAUUUGAGGUAUGAUUUCCGGUUAUAUGAAUUACUCUUUGAGAAUGUAUGUACUUCUGCAGAAUUUUGCAGAAAAUGUAAUUGGGGGUUGGCAUCUCUUUUUGGGGAAGUUUGAAAGAAAAACUGUUUAUAUGUUGUUUACAAAUUAUAAUGCAAUUUGGUUUGUGUAAUUAAAAUGUGUAAUGGGUUUCGGAUUCAAAUUUGAAUUGAAUUGAAUGCUUCCGAUGGUUGAGAA